ACAGCCGUAAAGCGCGGCGGCGAAGAUGGCGGCGCGGCGGGCGGUCGGGACCGGUUGUGCCUGGGCGCGGAGCCUCCUCGGCUGGGCGCGCCCGGAGAGGUUGUUAGCAUCUGGUAGUGUUUUCCCUCUAUCAUGCAUCCACACAAGCACAUCUCUGGAGAAAUUUGGGAAGUGGGAGAAAAAGAACAGGAUUGUUUACCCUCCACAGCUGCCUGGAGAACCUCGUAGACCAGCUGAAAUAUAUCACUGUCGGCGGGAAAUAAAAUACAGCAAGGAUAAGAUGUGGUAUUUGGCAAAACUGAUUAAAGGAAUGUCCAUUGACCAGGCUCUUGCUCAGUUGGAAUUUAAUGAUAAAAAGGGAGCAAAGGUGAUCAAAGAGGUUCUGUUAGAAGCUCAGGAAAUGGCAGUAAGAAAUCACAAUGUGGAAUUCAAAUCAAAUUUAUAUAUAGCUGAGUCAUUGACAGGCAAAGGCCACUAUACGAAGCAGAUCCGUUACCAUGGCAAAGGCAUGUUUGGCAUCAUGAAACUCGUCAGAUGCCAUUACUUUGUGAAGUUGGUUGAAGGUCCUCCUCCUCCUCCAGAGCCACUAAAGACUGGUUUUGACCAAGCAAAGGAAUAUGUGCAGCAGCUGCGAAACAGAACCAUUACUAAUACACUUUGACAGACUCUUGUAACAGAUAUUUCUCCUUUGACAACGUGGUUAUAUAAAAAUAAAGUCAUGUUUUACGUUUUU